AUGCCGGCUGCCGUGCCGCCGGCCAACGAUGAUACGGAGAUGAAUCCGCUGGCGGACGUGGUUGACAGCGAUCAGGAUGCGGAAGGGGAGGAGGAAACGGAUAUGUAUGAGAUGGACCAGCAGCUCCAGGAUGCCGUUCAUCGGUCAUACUCCGCAGACGCCACCAGAGAAGCUGGAGACGAGGAUGCCGAGGCGGAACCAGAUGAGGACCAAGACGCUGAAGGGGAGCCAGACAUCGACGCAAACUUGGUGGAUGGCGAUAACGAUGAGACCGAACCGGUUGGCGCUGUAAAGCUGCCUGAUAAUAUUCCGACCUCCGAUAACGAGGAUGCGGCUGAUGCAGAUGGCGACCCAGCGUUUGAAAACCAGAGUGACAGCGAUAAUGAAGGAUCUGGCUCUUCUUCAAGCAGUCAAGGGUCAGCUGGCGAAGCGGACUGGGAAGCAGAGAGCAAUGGGCAUGAUGAUGCAGAGAUGGACAAUAUUAUUCGCGGGAAUUGCAUAUUCUGCAAUCAGGACGAGGACCAUGACCCCAGCGAGGAGUUUGAAGAGUACCUGUCAUGCACAGUCUGCGGUGAUCAUUCCCAUCGGCAAUGUGCCCGCGAGCAAAAUGCAAUACAGGAUUCAGAGAAUGCAAAAGAAUGGCGAUGUCUAACGUGCGUCCGGGACAAGUUGGAGCCUGGUGCAGAGCCGAGAGCUGCAUCGCAACGAAGACCUGGGCCAAAGAACAUGUCGAAAGAGCUCAUGCCGGCACAUAGCGGAGAGGAAGGUUCCGGCUUUCAUUCAAUCUUCAAUACCGUGUCUGUCGAUGAUAAAUUGUUAAACAGUUCGCGGUCUCUGAGGAAAAGAAAGUCCUUGCUGUCUGGCACGGAAGAAGAGCAUACACCUAUACUUCGCAAGCGGCGAAGGCAAACAUUGACACGUUCCGAAGGUGCGGAUUCCGGAGACCAAGAGUUUGGAAGCACAGAUGCACUUGUCGAUGGCGUUGAUGGCAUGUCUCCAGUACGGACGCGCUCUCGACGCACUCGCACAGCCGACAAGGACAGCUGCCGUGUGGUUGCUAAACAAUUUGGAAAACUCGUUCUUGCCUUCCGGCUUGAUGAGAAAAAAAUAACGAAGAUUCUCAGCACCCGAAAUCGAUCACAGAAUCGGAGCCGAAGAACCCCUAAACCACCUCCAGUGAUACAAGAAGCUCAAGCUCAUUUUGCUCCUAUCACCCCUGCAUCAUACAUUACCCCCUUCUAUUCUUUUCAUGACCGCGAGAAUGAUGAAUCAAAAUCAAAACCUUACGGUGGUAUCUUGUCGGAGGUAGACGCUGAUACCUCAAAGACUCUUCCGACACAACAUGACCGCGAGAGGUUCGAGAUCGCUCGACAUAAAGCUGAAGAGGAAUGGCAGCAGAGAGUUAGGGAAGCCGAAAAUAGUGGAGAGCCCGUCCAGCAUGCGUCGCAGAAAGUUUCUGGCCCACCGUCCAAAAUCAAGUACAUUAAUUUUGGGGGCUACGAGAUCGAAACCUGGUACGCUGCCCCAUAUCCUGAAGAAUAUAGUCGCAACCGAGUACUCUAUAUUUGCGAGUUUUGUUUGAAAUACAUGAACUCGGACUAUGUCGCGUGGCGUCACAGGCUCAAAUGUCCCGCGAAGCAUCCACCAGGCGAUGAAAUCUAUCGCGAGAGUUCCAUAUCGAUCUUCGAGGUUGACGGGCGGAAGAAUCCAGUCUACUGCCAGAACCUGUGUCUUCUUGCCAAAUUAUUCUUAGGAUCCAAAACUCUUUACUAUGAUGUGGAGCCAUUCUUAUUCUAUGUGAUGACGGAAUACGAUGAUCUGGGCUGUCAUUUUGUUGGUUAUUUCAGCAAAGAGAAACGACCAAGUUCCGCAAACAACGUGUCAUGUAUCCUCACACUUCCCAUCCACCAACGUAAAGGCUAUGGAAAUCUUCUCAUUGACUUUUCAUACCUACUUACGCGCAUCGAAGGGAAGACGGGCUCCCCUGAAAAACCACUCUCGGACAUGGGUUUGGUCUCAUAUCGGAAUUAUUGGCGGCUUAUCUUGUCAUACCAUCUCCGAAAUCAAAAAACCCCAAUCAGCAUUGUUGACCUCUCUGAGCGAACUGGCAUGACAGCAGAUGACAUUGUAUCUGCCCUGGAGAGCCUGCGUGCCAUUGUGCGAGACCCUGUGACCAAAACCUACGCAUUACGUCUCAAUUACAGCUAUUUUGAAGAGUGCAUUCGCAAUUGGGAGAACAAGGGGUAUGUUCAGCUCAACCCAGAUUCGUUAGUCUGGACCCCCUACAUCAUGGGCCGAAGCAACCAGUCCCAGUUCGAUCGGGCUCCGCUGCAUGCCGUCGCUCCCCGAGAAGACCUGGAGGAAGAAGAGGAUGAAGUGAGCGCAGCCGCCGACGAAGGCCAACCCCUCGUGGCAGAUCCGAUGGAGCCUAAAGGAAAUGGAAAUGCUGUUCCAUCAACUAACGGUACUCGAAAUGGCGAGUCCGAGGAGCUUUCGGCGGAAGCUGUUGGCCCCCCUUCUACGGCCUCGCUCACGAAUACCAAUGGCUUCCAUCACAAAUCCACACCCACAGCCUCUGGUACCCCUUCAGCAUCGAACCCUGCAGCAGGAAUACCACCUUCUCGGUUUGAAAUUUAUCCACCUGUUCAGGCACCGGUCAUGAAACGGCGCCCUGGCCGCCCCUUUGGCAGCAAGUCUUCGUACAACAAGGCAACCGGUACCCCCAACUCUCGAGCAAGCGGUCGGGGAACUCCGAGAAAGGCGCCAGUAGUAGCAUCGCUAACACCUACCGCAAAUCCCUCGAGUGUGCGGCGUGGUCGGAGUGCGAGAAUCAUGGAGUCGCCUGCAGUGGAGCCAACUAGUGCGAAAGCCAAUGGGAUCAACAAUGAUCAGCAGAUCUCGGAAGUUCCAAAGGCAGAUGGGCCAGAAAAUGGUUUCCACACCAGCGCACCGCCCGAGGCCAAAGAAACCAAUGAUACCACGGGUGGCGAAGCACAGGGCGAGACUAACGGCAUCAGCCACACCGACACCUCUGUGGCGAACGACCAAAAAGAAAAGACGCCCGACGCCGAUAAACCAAUAGUGUCCAAAGGAAGGGGGUCUGAAAAUAGGGCAAAACUCUCUAGAUCGGUGAACCGAAAAGCCUUUGUGGAGAAGAUCGAGGUUGUGAUUCCCGCCGACCAGCAUGGCGCAUCAAAACCCGAUGGUGGCUUAGAUGAUAACAAGACAGAACUAAACGGCGCAGACGUUGACGCAGACGCAGACGCGGAUGCUGAUGGUGAUAUCGACGCGGAUGCCGACGCAGAUGGCGAUAUAGUCAUGGAGUCAUGA